UCCACAGGGAUCAGUCAACUCAUACCUCUGGAUACAGUUAGUGUACGGCAGAAGAUGACCGUGUUCUCAGGCAACGAAUACGUGGUGGUUGAUUUGAACGGGCAGCAGCUGUUCCAUGGCAAGGAGUCUGGUGGCGCACUCAAUUUGCUUGUUGGCAAAAAUAGAGCAUUUGACAUCACCAUCACAGAUAUGCAGGAUAAUAAGGUGAUCACACUUCGUCGACCAUACACCUUCGGGCCUGACAAGAUGGAGGUGACGGUGUGCAAUCAGCUGGCCAGCGUAGUGCGCCAGGAGGUCACGUUCAUGAAACCGGUGCUGAACAUCAACGAUCCUCAAGACCGCCUCGUGUUAAGGGUCAAAGGACCAGCUGUAAGAACAGGAGAAUGUGACUUUGAGAUAUUUACCCCUAGCAAGAAACGUGUAGGUGUGAUUCGCAAGCUUUGGGGCGGAUGUGCUCGGGAGGUGUUAACUAGCAAAGACAACUUCAGAAUAAACUUCCCGACAGAUUUGGACGUGCGCUACAAGGCUGCACUCAUAGGAACUUGCUUCCUAAUUGUGAUUACUUAUAAUAUUUCUUAA